UAUAUAAACCCUACCAUCAACCUCUUAUUUCCUCAUCACCACCACCAUUUAAAUGCCUUUGACAGCCCAAAGAGAGAAGAAAGGCAGAGGAAGAGGGAGAGGGAGAGCAAGGAGAGGGAGAGCAAGGGCAUCUCAACCAUUUUGAGAGGCCUCUGCUUUUUCUUUAGCAGCUCUUCAUCAACUCGACUCAUUCUUCCAUUUAGAUACCAUAUUCUUCCGUUUUUUAUAUUGAGAAGCGAUGGCUUUUCCAAAAAUCCAUCUUUCUGCAGCAUUUACCUUCGGGGUCCUAGGCAACAUCAUCUCGUUUAUGGUCUACAUGGCUCCAAUCCCAACCUUCUAUAGAAUAUGGAGGAAGAAAUCGACGGAGGGCUUCGAAUCAAUCCCGUACCUGGUGACAUUGUUCAGCUCCAUGCUCUGGUUGUACUACGCGUUGCUCAAAGGGGAUGCUGCCCUCCUCAUGACCAUCAAUUCCUUCGGAUGCGUCAUAGAGAUGAUCUACAUCAUCAUUUUCCUUAGUUACGCACCCAGAGAUGCUAGGAAAUUGACCAUCAAGUACUUUAUCUACAUGAACUUGGGGGCGUUCUUCAUUCUAACUCUCAUCACCCGCUACGCCGUGCCUGCACACCUGCGCGUUAUGGUCUACGGGUGGAUCUGUGUUGCUGUUUCGGUGUGUGUUUUCGCAUCUCCUCUGAGCAUUGUGAGGCAAGUUCUCAAGACCAAGAGUGUUGAAUUCAUGCCAUUCAACUUGUCCUUGUUCCUCACCUUGGGUGCAAUUAUGUGGUUUGGCUAUGGUCUCUUCAGCCAUGACAUAUGUAUUUACAUUCCCAACAUCGUAGGCUUCUUCCUAGGAGUCCUUCAGAUGGCUCUCUACUUAAAAUACCGCAACACCAGAAAGGUGAUCCUUGAUGAAAAGCUGCCAGAACACGUCCGAGAGAUUGUUAUGCUGAGCGCUCUAGGAGCAAGCGAGGUCUACCCGGUCAACAUUUCCCCGGCUUCAUCAGUCACUGUGGAUGGUAUCGGUGCUACUGAACAUCAGAAGGAGCAUGAGGCUGCAAAGGAGUCGGACAAGGAUGAGAAAACAACUGGGAAAGAAGAUGCAGAUGUGGAGAAGAAUGGUGACCUCGGACCAAAUACUGGAGAAUCUGCAGUUUGAAUAAUCUCCCAACUGAUCAUCGAUCGAGCUCGUAUCAUCCUACCUCCCGGGCAUCGAUUGAAGUGUUAAUAGGUCUAGAAUGAGCCUUCACUGCUCCAACACUUAAAAAGAGAUGUAUCAUUCGCUCUCUCCUCCCCCCAUGUACCCAUCUCUCUCUUCUCUCUGUCUCCCGCUUUGGCUUAAAGAAAUGAUAUUCCAUAUAAAUUCGGUCCCCCUUCA